GUAGCUGAUCGUACCGAUCCACAACGCAGCAAUAAUGGCGUCAUCCGAGAGCACCAAAACUUCCGAGGAAUCGGAUAAGCCGGUAUGCACAUUUAUUAAGAGGCCUGGUUUCAAAAGAGGUAACCAGAGAAAGAGGAGAGGAAGCAGCGAAGAAGCCAGCAGUGAAGAUGAAACGAAAGUUGUGAAGAAGGAAAAGAAGUCAGAUCUCCUGAACCCAAUGAUACAAGGUGAAAUGGAAGGCCCUAAGGACAUGGGAGCCACUGCUGUCCUUGAAAUUGACACAGAAAAGAGCAAGGACGCCCAAAGCAUAUUUGAACGAGCACAGCAGAUUAACAAGGAACUGAAAGGGAAGGAAGAUGACAAGGUUUACAGGGGAAUGAACAAUUACGCGCAGUACAUAACGAAAAAGGACACGGCACAAGGAAAUGCAUCGAGUGGAAUGGUGAGGAAAGGCCCUAUAAGAGCUCCUGAGCACAUUCGCUCUACAGUCCGGUGGGACUACCAGCCCGACAUAUGCAAGGACUACAAGGAAACUGGGUUCUGUGGAUUUGGAGACAGCUGUAAGUUUAUGCACGACCGAUCCGACUACAAGCACGGCUGGCAGUUGGAACUUGAGAUGGAGAGAAAUCAAUAUCGUGAAGAAGACACCAGUCGUUAUGAAAUCAGUUCCGAUGAGGAAGACCUGCCUUUCAAGUGCCUUCUCUGCAGGAAGUCAUUUGUAGACCCUGUUGUCACAAAGUGUAAGCACUACUUUUGCGAAAAGUGUGCCUUGAAACACUACAAGAAAACAACGAGGUGUUACGUCUGCAACAUACAGACCAAUGGUGUUUUCAAUCCUGCAAAAGAAAUAAUACAGCGGUUGAAGAAAGCCAAGGAGGAAGGUGUACAGGAAAGCGAGGACGAAGAGGAACAACAGAAGGAUGAACCACCACCUGCAGAUGACAAUGACGACGAUAGUGACGAUUGAACAAUCGGCGCUAAGGUGCACUAGUGGAAGAGGUUGAAAAACAUUGUCCAGACACUGGAGCUUGCUGGCUGGACACUAUGCGUAGCCCAGAUGUGGACAAGGCUGCAGCGCGUUGAUGUAUUUUUCACUUCUCAUUACUAUAUUAUUGUCCAUGUUGCCUGUGUAU